AUGGCGCCCCCAAACACGCCCUUCAUCUACCUCCUCUGGCACCUCUACCUCGAGCCCAUCUUCGCCCUCGGCGGCACAUACCACCUCCACUGGGCGCCCGCCGAAUACUUUACCUUCAUGCCGUCCACAUCCGCGUACCACCCCGACUCGCAGAUCGCGUACGACCAACUCGCAUCCGCAUACCUCUUCUUCGCCUUCACGGAAGGCGUGUUGAUGCGCGUUGUGAAAGAUCGGAAGACGUGGUGGUGGAUUGUGCUGGGGCUGAUACUGUGUGAUUUGGGGCAUUGCUAUGCGGCUUGGUGUGAGAUGGGGACGAGGGGGGUGUUGGAUCUGGGGAGCUGGAGCCAGAAGGAUGUUGUUACUAAUUCGCUGAAUGUGCUGCCGGUGCUUGUGAGGGCGGCGUAUUUGGUGGGGCUUGGUGUGCCUGGGGAGGGGGCGGAGAGUAGGAAGGAGAUUGAGGGUAGGAAGGCUCCGAAGAAGGCUUCGAGAAAGGCUUGA